AAGUAAUAAUUGUAAGAAAAAAGUAUUUCUGUUUUUUUAUUCAAUAUAUUUCUGCUUUCUAUAUUUAGUUCUUUAAAAAGUUUGUUUUUACAAGCAAAAAAAAAUAAAAAUAUGGCAUAUCAUUCUAAUGGUGUUCUUACAAGCGAAGAAAAUCUCAAAGGAAUUGUUAACAGGUUAUCAAACACUAGCGAAAGUCAACGAAUAGGUUGCCGAAAGUGUGGCCAUGCUGGGCAUUUGACUUUUCAAUGUUAUAAUACAUUACAAAACAAUACUCAAUUACUUGAUGUUGAAUCUACAACAUCUGAUUCUGAUGAUGAGCUAAAUCUGUUGGAAAAGCUGCUUGAAGAAAAGAAACGAAAGGAAGCAGAAAUUCGAAAGAAGAAAAAAAAAGAAAAAAAAAAGUCCAGGAAGAAAAGAAAACGAUCUUUGUCUUUUGAAGAAAAUGAAGCAUCAAAGAAGAAAAAAAAGCGCUCGAAAGAAAAGAAAAAGAAAACUUCAAAAAAAAAACUCAUCUGAUUCAGAUUAGUUUCUUUUGUUGUGACAUUUUAAAAUGGAAUAAUUUAAGUUUUAUAAAUUCUUAUAUAAA